AAAAUUUCUAUCAGACUCAACUUGUCACCAUCGUACCAUCAUGAUUAAUCAGUUGGAAUGGUUAUAUCCCUGACUUGGAAGAUUUGAGUCCACACAUCGUAAACCCAAAAGCUAAGCAUUUGCUUUGACGGGAUAAGGCUUGAAUCCUCACGUCAAGAGAGACCUUACAAGCCCUCCAUCCCGCCAUUGCCCCAAGCAUGGCAACCUUGAAGCAGGCCUUCUUCCACCUCCAUGGAAGGAGCUGCACCGGCACUCCUUCAGCAAUAUCCUGCUCAAUGCAGCCCUCCCCAAACACCAUCAAGGUGGUGAUCAAUGGAGCUACAAAGGAGAUAGGAAAGGCUGCAAUCCUGGCAGUGACUCGAGCCAGAGGCAUGGAAGUUGCAGGUGCUGUGGACACUAACUCAGUGGGACAAGAUGCAGGACUGGUCCAUCCAAUCAUUCUCCUCACUUCACUUUGUGGCAUGGAAGAGCCUCUGGAGAUCCCAGUCCUUAAUGACUUGACCAUGAUUUCAGGCUCCAUAUCACAGACCAAGGCAGCUGGAGUCGUUGUCGAUUUCACGGAGCCGGCAAGCGUCUAUGACAAUGUCAAACAGGCAGCAGCCUUCGGGUUGAGGAGUGUUGUGCAUGUCCCAGAGAUAGAGCUGGAAACAGUCACUGCACUCUCUGUGUUCUGUGAGAAAGCAAGCAUGGGCUGCCUUGUUGCUCCGACGCUGUCGAUAGGCUCUGUCCUCCUCCAGCAAGCAGCAAUCCAGGCUUCCUUUCACUACAACAAUGUAGAGAUUGUUGAAUCCAGACCAAACCCCAAAGAACUGCCAUCAGCAGAGGCAAUCCAAAUUGCUAACAAUCUCACUGAUCUCGGCCAAAUGUAUAACCGCGAAGAUAUCGCCACAGAGAAUCCAGCAAGGGGUCAGGUCCUCGGCGAAGAUGGAGUGAGGGUUCAUACCAUGGUCUUACCGGGCGUCCGUUCGAGCACCACGGUGCACUUCUCAGGGCCCGGGGAGGUUUACUCUGUCAGGCAUGAUACCACAAGUGUUGAGAGCCUCAUGCCGGGGCUCAUUUUGGCCAUCAGAAAGGUGAUUCGCUUGCAGGUUUUUCUGGCAGAACUUAGUCUAUGGACUGGAGAAGUUCUUGUAGCAGCUUGAUAUCAAUAAACCUGAACAAAAGAGAUGAUGAAAUAUGCGACAAGUAUUUGUCUACAUGAGUAUGCUCAAGAAUAAAGCCUAUUGUUUAACAAGUACACCAGUUACUUUGCAAGCUUGAUACUGAAUUGAUUGUGUUACAUUAUUGUUA